AGGACUGUUGCUGCUGCUGGAAUCUCACUGGUGUCAAACAGUGGAAUCUCUGGAGGAUGUCUGCGAAUGCCUCUGUUUGCAGCUUUGGGAUUGAUCUUGUGGAUUGUAUUACUAUUGUGGAGAAUUAAUACCAAGACAGCAGCAAUGCCUUUAAAAGGAGAAGAAACUCCACCUCUCUGUGGCCUAGCUCCACUUGAGGAAGAUGCAUCCACUACUCGCACCCCUCCUCAAGCCAGCCAACAUUCCCAGUUAACGGUGGCUGCAACUUCAACAUGCAAUGAGCCAAGCAACUUUCUGGCCAGUGAUGGGUCUGCAAGUCUUGGAGUCAAAACAGUGGAGUGUGAUCCAUCACAGGCUUCCACUGAGGUCACAAAGAAUCCCUGCAAAGCAAGAACACCGAUGCUCAGCUCAGGGCCCGAGGAGAGGAAGCGUCUUAAAUUCAUUCUUGGUGCAUCAGAGGAUUACUCCUCAGACGAUGAAGUUCUGACAACGAAACCUCCAAGCGGAGCAUGUCAGUCACCAGUUUCCCUCAUUAAAUCUUCCACAGAGCAGACACCCCCCGAAGUGUCACCACCCAGCUCUUCAAUCAUCAAGCCUAGCAUGUCGGGUCUUCACUUGGUGAAAAAAGGACGUGAACACAGAAAGAUGGAUCUACAGAGGGACUUCACUGUGGCCUCCCCAGCUGAGUUCGUCACAAGAUUCGGUGGCACCCGUGUUAUAGAAAAGGUGUUGAUAGCUAAUAAUGGCAUUGCAGCAGUGAAAUGUAUGCGGUCCAUCCGCCGAUGGUCCUAUGAAAUGUUUCGAAAUGAGAGGACCAUUCGCUUUGUGGUCAUGGUAACCCCUGAAGACUUGAAAGCUAAUGCAGAGUACAUUAAAAUGGCUGAUCAUUAUGUGCCUGUGCCCGGUGGCUCCAACAAUAACAACUAUGCCAACGUAGAGCUGAUUGUAGACAUUGCAAAGAGAAUACCAGUGCAGGCUGUGUGGGCCGGUUGGGGCCAUGCAUCUGAAAAUCCCAAACUGCCUGAACUCCUGAACAAAGCAGAGAUAACAUUCUUAGGGCCGUCCAGUAAAGCCAUGUGGGCUUUAGGCGAUAAGGUGGCUUCUUCUAUUGUGGCCCAGAGUGCUGACAUUCCUACGCUACCAUGGAGCGGAUCAGGCCUGAGAACCGAGUGGACUGAAGAGGACCAAAAAGGUGGCAAAAUAAUCAGCGUUCCUCCAGAGGUCUACACAAAAGGCUGUGUUCAUGAUGUAGAGGAUGGUCUUGCAGGAGCUGAAAGAAUAGGUUAUCCUGUCGUUAUUAAGGCCUCAGAGGGUGGAGGUGGAAAGGGCAUCCGAAAGGUUGAAAAUUCAGAGGACUUUCCAGGUUUUUUUAGACAGGUUCAGGCAGAAGUACCUGGAUCACCCAUCUUCAUCAUGCAGCUGGCGCAACAUGCCAGACACCUUGAGGUGCAGAUACUAGCCGAUGAGUAUGGAAACGCUAUCUCUUUAUUUGGACGAGACUGUUCCAUCCAGAGAAGGCACCAGAAGAUCAUAGAGGAGGCUCCCGCCACCAUAGCUGACCUCUCAACACUUGAGCAAAUGGAGGAGUAUGCUGUGCGAAUGGCCAAGAUGGUGGGUUACGUAAGCGCUGGUACUGUGGAAUAUCUCUACUCGGAAGAUGGUAGCUUCCACUUUCUGGAGCUGAAUCCUCGUUUGCAGGUGGAACAUCCUUGUACAGAGAUGAUCGGAGAUGUCAAUUUGCCAGCGGCCCAACUUCAGAUUGGAAUGGGCAUUCCCCUUUUUAGAAUUAAGGACUUGCGAUUGCUUUAUGGAGAGACUCCAUGGGGCGACGCCGCCAUUAGCUUUGAGACUUCAAGUUACAUUCCCAGUCCACGAGGACACGUAAUAGCUGUUCGCAUCACCAGUGAGAACCCUGAUGAGGGCUUCAAGCCCAGCUCCGGCACGGUGCAGGAACUGAACUUCCGCAGCAGUAAAAAUGUCUGGGGCUAUUUCAGCGUUGGGGCAACUGGUGGCCUCCAUGAAUUUGCAGAUUCCCAGUUUGGACACUGUUUCUCAUGGGGUGAAAACCGCGGAGAGGCCAUUUCGAACAUGGUGGUAGCGAUGAAGGAGCUCUCCAUCAGAGGUGAUUUCAGGACAACGGUUGAAUACCUCAUUAAGAUACUAGAGACCGAAAGCUUCAGAAACAAUGACAUCCACACCGGCUGGUUGGAUCAUCUCAUUGCAGAGAAAAUUCAGGCAGAGAGACCAGAUACCAUGCUGGGUAUUGUCUGUGGAGCUUUGCAUGUUGCUGAUUCCAGCUUCAGAAAGAGCAUGUCAGACUACCUGCAUUCUCUGGAAAGAGGUCAGGUACUGCCUGCAGCCAGUUUGCUCAACUCCGUCAAUGUGGACCUGAUAUACGAAGGAGUGAAAUACUGCCUGAAGGUUGCUCGACAAUCCCCAACAACUUAUGUCAUCAUGAUGAAUGGGUCCAUCAUUGAAAUAGAUGUCCACAGGUUGAGUGAUGGCGGCCUCCUGCUAUGCUACGAUGGAAGCAGCCACAUCACCUACAUGAAGGAGGAAAUAGACAGGUACCGCAUAGUUGUUGGCAACAAGACUUGUGUGUUUGAGAAGGAGAAGGAUCCCACAGUGCUAAGGUCCCCCUCUGCUGGCAAACUGCUGCAGUACUUGGUUGAGGAUGGAGGUCAUAUUGGUGCAGGAGAAACCUAUGCAGAGAUUGAGGUGAUGAAGAUGGUGAUGACGCUGACUGUCCAGCAGUCUGGUUGUAUACACUUUGUGAAGAGGCCAGGGGCAGUUCUGGAGUCUGGCUGUGUCAUGGCACACAUAGACCUGGAUGACCCUAGCAGUAUACAUAGGGUGGAACUCUACACAGCUACGCUCCCACCCCAACAACCACUGCCCAUGGUUGGGGAAAAGCUUCAUCAGGUGUUUCACAGCAUCCUCGACAACUUGGUUAAUGUGAUGGAUGGGUACUGCCUCGGAGAGCCUUAUUUCACCAGCAAGCUGAAAGAAUGGGUAGCCACCCUGAUGAAAACUCUAAGAGAUCCCUCUCUUCCCCUGCUGGAACUCCAAGAAAUCAUGACCAGCGUGGCCAGUCGUAUUCCCCCUACUGUUGAGAAAGAUAUCCGCAAGGUCAUGGCUCAGUACGCGAGCAACAUCACCUCCGUCCUCUGCCAGUUCCCCAGCCAAAGGAUUGCAAACAUUUUAGACAGCCAUGCAGCAACACUUCAGAGGAAGGCUGACCGUGAGGUUUUCUUCAUGAACACUCAAAGUAUUGUACAGUUGGUACAGAGAUACCGCAGUGGAAUUCGUGGUUACAUGAAAUCUGUGGUUCUUGACCUGCUGAAGCGAUACCUCCAAGUAGAGAUACAGUUUCAGCAAGCCCACUAUGAUAAGUGUGUCAUCAACCUGAUGGAGCAGUUCAAACCGAACAUGAGUCCCGUGCUCGACUCAAUCUUCUCUCACGCGCAGGUGUCCAAGAAGAACGUCUUGGUCACAAUGCUAAUUGACCAGUUGUGUGGACGGGAUCCCACCCUGGCAGACGAGCUCAUGGCCAUUCUGAAUGAACUCACACAAUUGAGCAAAAUGGAGAACUCAAAGGUGGCUUUGAGAGCCAGACAGGUAUUGAUUGCCUCUCAUCUGCCGUCAUAUGAACUAAGACACAACCAGGUGGAGUCCAUUUUCCUGUCAGCCAUUGAUAUGUAUGGACACCAGUUUUGCCCAGAAAACUUGAAGAAACUCAUUCUCUCUGAAACCUCAAUUUUUGACGUUUUGCCCAACUUCUUCUACCACUCCAAUCAAGUGGUGUGCAUGGCUGCCUUGGAGGUGUAUGUUCGCAGAGCUUACAUUGCUUAUGAGCUGAAUAGCAUUCAGCAUCACCAGCUGCUGGAUGGGGCGUGUGCCGUAGACUUCCAGUUUAUGCUGCCGACAUCGCAUCCAAACAGAGGGAGCAGCGCUACUCUGAACAGGCUUGCUGUGCCAGUGAGUGGAUCAGGCCAGGGUAAGAUAAAUCGGCAGGGCAGUGAGCUCUUCAUGGAUGGAGCCUUCUCUCCACCCUGCCAGCGCAUGGGAGCCAUGGUGGCGUUCCAGUGUUUCGACGACUUCAGAAGGGAUUUUGAUGAAGUUCUGUCAAGUUUUGCAGAGACGCUCUCGGGGGGUCCUUCAUUCUUAGAGUCCUGCUCAAGUUUAUAUGAGGAGGAGAACAUCAAGAACACCAGGGAGAACCCAAUCCACAUCAUCAAUGUGUCCAUAAAAUCAGUAGACACUGAAGACGAUAAUUCCUUGGUCGAAGCUUUGACAGCUUUUGCUCAGUCAAAGAAGGAUGUCCUCUUUGAGUACGGAAUCAGGAGAAUCACAUUUUUGCUAGCACAGAAGAGAGAAUUUCCCAAGUUCUUCACAUUCAGAGCGCGAGAUGGGUUCCAAGAGGAUCGUAUUUACCGAAAUCUGGAGCCGGCUUUAGCAUUUCAGCUGGAGCUCAAUCGAAUGAGGAAUUUUGACCUGACAGCUGUUCCCUGUGCCAACCACAAAAUGCACCUGUACCGGGGAGCUGCUCGUGUCCAGGAGGGUGCUGAAGUGACAGACUACCGCUUCUUCAUCAGAGCAAUUAUCCGACACUCUGAUCUCGUCACAAAGGAAGCUUCUUUUGAAUACCUUCAAAAUGAAGGAGAACGUCUUCUACUAGAGGCUAUGGAUGAGUUGGAGGUGGCCUUCAGCAACACCAGCGUCCGCACAGACUGUAAUCAUAUCUUUCUCAACUUCGUCCCCACUGUCAUCAUGGAUCCGUCUAAAAUAGAGGAGUCUGUCCGCUCCAUGGUGAUGCGCUAUGGCAGUCGUCUGUGGAAGCUACGCGUCCUGCAGGCAGAGCUGAAGAUGUACAUUCGUCUGACACCAACUGGGAAUGCACUUCCUAUCCGCCUAUUUCUCACUAAUGAAUCGGGCUAUUAUUUGGACAUCAGUCUUUAUAAAGAAGUCACUGACUCAAGCUCUGGACAGAUCACGUUCCUGUCGUAUGGAGACAAGCAGGGUCUUUUGCAUGGCAUGCUGAUUAACACUCCCUAUGGGACAAAAGACCUGCUGCAAGCCAAACGCUUCCAAGCUCAAACUCUGGGAACUACAUACGUGUAUGAUUUCCCUGAGAUGUUCAGACAGGCAUUAUUCAAGCUGUGGGGUUCAGGAAACAAAUGCCCUAAAGAUGUGCUGAAUUGUACUGAACUCGUUCUGGACCCAGAAGGCCGACUUGUGCAGAUGAACCGCCUGCCCGGAGACAAUGAUGUGGGAAUGGUUGCCUUCAGGAUGAAGAUGAAGACUAGAGAGUACCCAGAGGGCAGAGACAUUAUUGUCAUCUGUAAUGACAUUACUCAUAUGAUCGGCUCAUUUGGCCCUCAGGAGGAUGAACUUUUCCUGAGGGCUUCUGAGUUAGCUCGGCUGGAGGGCAUUCCACGUAUUUACAUCUCAGCCAACAGUGGAGCUCGCAUCGGGCUCGCCGAAGAGGUCAAGCACAUGUUCCAAGUGGCCUGGAUUGACCCCAACGAUCCCUAUAAGGGAUUUAAGUACCUGUACUUGACACCACAGGAUUACACCCGUAUCAGCUCCACCAAUUCGGUUCACUGUCGCCAUGUAGAGGAAGGAGGAGAAUCCAGGUACAUCAUCACUGACAUCAUUGGGAAUGAGGACGGUAUUGGUGUUGAGAACCUGCGAGGUUCAGGCACCAUUGCCGGAGAAUCUUCUCAGGCCUAUGACGAGAUCAUUACCAUCAGUAUGGUGACUUGUCGCGCUAUUGGAAUUGGAGCUUAUCUGGUCCGUUUGGGGCAGAGAGUCAUCCAAGUGGAGAACUCUCACAUUAUCUUAACUGGAGCAGGCGCUCUGAACAAGGUUUUGGGAAGAGAAGUCUACACUUCCAACAACCAGCUGGGAGGAGUUCAGAUCAUGUACAAUAAUGGAGUCACACACACCUGUGUGCCUGAUGACUUUGAGGGUGUCUUCACCAUCCUGCAGUGGCUCUCGUACAUGCCAAAGAAUAAAAACUCCCCCGUGCCGAUUAUCAGCACUACAGACCCUGUAGACAGAGAGAUAGAAUUCACUCCAACUAAAGCACCAUAUGACCCCCGCUGGAUGCUCGCCGGCAGACCUCACCCCAUGGUGAAAGGUGCUUGGGAGAGUGGAUUCUUUGACCACGGCUCUUUCAUGGAGAUCAUGGGCUCUUGGGCUCAGACCAUAGUUGUGGGCAGAGCAAGAUUAGGAGGAAUCCCCCUCGGUGUCAUCGCUGUUGAAACACGCACAGUUGAGGUGUCAAUCCCAGCAGAUCCCGCCAACCCUGAUUCAGAAUCUAAAGUUCUGCAGCAGGCUGGCCAGGUGUGGUUCCCCGAUUCUGCUUUUAAAACGGCUCAAGCGAUUUCUGACUUCAACCGGGAAAAUCUGCCUCUCAUGGUGUUUGCCAACUGGAGAGGCUUUUCAGGGGGAAUGAAAGAUAUGUAUGACCAGGUGCUGAAGUUUGGUGCCUAUAUUGUGGAUUCCCUGCGUGGUUUCCAUCAGCCAGUCUUGGUGUACAUCCCACCACAGGCAGAGCUGAGAGGGGGUUCCUGGGUAGUCAUAGACCCCACCAUCAACCCACUAUGUAUGGAGCUCUAUGCUGACCGGGAGAGCAGAGGUGGUGUUCUGGAGGCUGAGGGCACAGUGGAAAUCAAAUUCAGGAGGAAGGACUUGCUGAAGGCCAUGAGAAGACUAGAUUCAGUCUAUGCUCAUCUGGUUGAAAAGCUUGCUUCUCCAGAGUUGCCUAACAAAGAGAGUAAAGAGUUGGAGGCGAAGCUCAAAGCGAGGGAGGAAUUCCUGUUGCCCAUUUACCACCAGGUGGCAGUGCAGUUCGCGGAUCUCCAUGACACUCCAGGCAGGAUGCAAGAGAAAGGAGUCAUCACUGAUAUUUUGGACUGGAAGAAUGUGCGGGCCUUUUUCUACUGGCGUCUGCGCCGCCUCCUGCUGGAACAGGUGGUAAAAUGUGAGAUUCUGCAGGCCAAUAAGGAUCUCAGUGAUGGGCACAUGCAGUCAAUGCUGCGGCGCUGGUUUGUGGAAACAGAGGGAACAGUCCAGGCUUACCUCUGGGACAAUAACCAGGUGGUGGUCGAGUGGCUUGAGAAGCAUUUGUCCAAAGAGGAUGGCACCCGAUCAGCCAUCCGCGAAAACAUCAAGUACUUGAAAAGAGAAAACGCUUUGAAACACAUUCGCAGCCUGGUGCAUGUCAACCCUGACGUUGCCAUGGACUGCAUCAUCCACAUGAGCCAGUACAUCACUCCCUCCCAGAGAGCCACGGUGUCGCAUUUGCUUGCAACUAUGGACAGCACAGACACCAGUUAAGCUGCAAGAUUUAUGGAUAAUGCUAUUGAAGAGAACAAAAAAGAUUAAAUUGUAGUCUGUUGCACUGUUAAUGUGUAUAGGUACAAAAUCACCUUCAAAGGUCGGGAUGCAAAGCUAAAAUAUUCUUGAAUUUCAGGAUUGUAGACUAUAAAAUAAUGCACAAAGAUACCCUUGCUGUACUGAGUGACAUUUCUGUUUGUGUCAUUAGCCACAUAGUUUGGAAAAUAUCCUUACUAUUCAGGGUACACAUUCAUUCAUUUCAAAUACUCCAAUAAUUUGCCCCCCCCUGCUCCUCAGGCAAUCACUGUAAUGCACAUUUCACUUUGCUGAGUUUGUACACAGCAAAAAAUGUACUUUGCCUCACUAAAUCCUGUGCAGAAUGUCAAGGCCAGAGUUUUACUAGAUUUUAUAAAAUGGGGAUGUUCGAUACUUGAGUGCCAGUUGUAAUGUUUAAAAAUGUAAAAAAUGAAUGUGUGUUUUUCUUUGAAUGUGCAGUGAAAAAUAAGCUCAGAUAACCUAAUUUUUGAUAUAAAUUGAAACAAAGAAAAACAUUUUAAUGCCAGAAAUAUUUUUUUUUUAUGUUUUUGUUUUUCUUUUUUGCACUGUAAGUUGCAGUUUGAGUGAUCAAAGAUGCUGUGACACUAUGAUACUUCUCAGCAUUAAAAAAAAACUUGGCAAAUAAGGCUGUAAAUCCCAAAACUCAGGUUUCACCAGAAGUGCACAUUAACUGCCAAAGUGGUCCUUCAGCCGACAUGCCGCCUAGCCUUAUCACUGAUCAAACAUCAGCCAUGACAUAUUUUUGUAGUGUAUUUAAAUGUUUCAUGUGUCUUUUAUUUCAAAAGAUGUCUGUUAAUAAAUGUCAUCAAUGCGA